GAUCAGGGAGAACAAAGAAAGGGGUCUUCAAUUUUGUGAUUCAGAAAAAAUAAAAAUAAAUAAAAAAUUGGAAAAAAAAGAAGAGGAGAGAAAAUCAAAAUGCGAAGCAAAUUUUAAAGGAAGAGAAGAGCAAUGGAAGAAGAAUUGCCACGACAAGUGAAAUGAAAAAAACAUAAUUGAAAGCCCAGAAUUUGCUAUGGUUGUUUUUAUUUGAAUCUGAAUUGGAGGAGCUUCAACGAGGGAGGUAUCUUUCUUUGGUUCUUCAGGCAACAAUUGGAUAAGUGAAAUAAAGGGUUUAUUGGUGUUCUAGUUGUGAUUAUUUUGGUCAAUCGUUUAACAGUUUGAAAGUUUUGUAAAAAAUGGAUUUUUGGAGGGAGAGUUAGUUCAAUGGAAAAUUUGAGAUCUCUGGGUGCAGACUCAAACCUCCAAGAAGUAUAGGGUAUAAAAUUGAGGUCCUGGAUAUGGGUUUUGGUUUUGCAUUUUUUGGAUUAUUAUUAGCGGGAUUAAAUGUUGUUUGGAAGAUGGAUUUUUGGAGAUGGAAUAGAAAAACCCUAAUUUAGUUCAAACUUCUGCAUCAUUGUUGUAGUGGAGUGUGUUUAUAUUGUAUGGAUUUUAUGUGUUGAAGAAAGAGGGAGAGAUGCAACCACCACAUCAGCAUUCGCGGAUCAAUCUGGCUGAGUUGAAAGCUCAAAUAGUGAGGAAACUCGGGCUGGAGGGGUCCAAGCAGUAUUUUUAUUACUUGAAUAGGUUCUUGGGUUUGAAAUUGAGCAAGGUUGAGUUAAAUAAGCUUUGUCUUAGGCUUCUUGGGCACGAGAAUAUUCCGCUGCAUAAUGAGUUCAUUCGUUCGAUUCUGAAAAAUGCUUAUAGUGCAAAGGUCCCACCACAGGUGAGUCACGAGGAUGAAGUUCUGAAGCAUUCUACACUAGUUAGUAAUAAGGAAAUUCCUAACGAUGGUCAUCAGCAGGAUGGAUCCCAUGCUGCUAUAAGUCAGGCUACGGGUUUGCCAGGUUUGUCGAAUGGAGGUGACAUGUUGUCAGUCUUACCUCGAAAGGCCCGGACAAUGUUUCUUGAUCGGAGGACUGGUGAACGUCAUAGUGCACUUGGGCCGAAUGGGAAGACUAGUUUUGCUUCUCAACAAUUGCCAGCCACACAGUCUAGUGAUUUCAAUGUCAUUUAUGAGAAUGGGCAUUUGGAUACAUCCGAUAUUGGAAAGGUGGUGCAUCAUCAAGGACCCAAGCAACACGAAGAGAAUGAAAGGGUGGUCUCGGGUCCCCACCCCGCAAAUUUGUCAGAAGUAAACAGAUCAUCAGAUGAUCCAGAUUCUGUACAUAGCAUGGAUCAGACCGAAUUGUUAGUUAGACAUAACACGAAAGAGGUUUCUGCUAGAAGUCCACUUCGAGCUCCACUUGGGAUUCCACUAUGCCCAGUUAGCAUUGGUGGGGCGCAGAGAUCUCUGCCUCUCACUAAUAGCAGUAGAUGUACUAGCACAUUUGAUGAUGGUGCUUUGUUGGACAGUCUAAAAUUAAGAGAACGAAUGGAGCAUGUUGCCUCAGCUCAGGGUCUUGAAGGGGUGUCAGUGGAAUGUGCCAAUAUAUUGAACCUUGGUUUGGAUUCUUACGUGAAGCAUUUAAUAAGGUCCUGCAUUCAACUUGUGGGGGUUAGGUCAGGUAACAAGCUAACAAUGAACAAUAGGCAAAAGCAUCAGGCUUAUAUGAAGCUUGUUAAUGGUGUCAGACCAGGGCAUCAAUAUCAGAUGCAAGGUAGUGGUAGACCUUUGGAAGUGCAAGAACAUAGAACACACUGCCCGAUUUCUUUGCAGGAUUUUAGGAUUGCCAUGGAGCUGAAUCCGCAGCAACUUGGUGAAAAUUGGCCCUUGCUGCUGGAGAAAAUAUGUACACAUUCAUUUGAAGAAUAGCAUGGAGCUUGGAAUUGGUCGUUUUCCCAAUGGUUGCAACUUGUUCCUACUUGAUCAAAACUCAUACAGCAUCACAUACAAUGCUGUUCUUCUGGGCUCUAGGGUGACCUUAAAGAUAGUGAUUUCUCAUUCAAUGCGUUUUUGAUCCAGAGUGGUGCUUUUGCAGUAAAACUACAUCUCUUGCAAGAUGAUGGGCCAGACUAGAUAAUCUUUAUAUCAUCCUGCUAAAGGGCCUGUCUUCAUUUUGAAGUACUCCAUCAUCAGCAACCUGUCGGAUGAGAAGAAUGCCCAGAUUGCGUUUCACUGUUUUAUGAUUAGCACUAUCCUCACUUCAUAUUUUUCUGCUUUCUCCUGUAAUUACAGCCACAGAGAAAAGUUAGAACAUUUUUGCAUGAAUAAUGUGUAGUUCAGUACUUUAGCGAAAAAGUUGGAUUGCAUGAUGCAAUAGUCAUGUGUAUGUACCUUCAACAUUUAGAUUGAUUGGAAUCUCAAUAUUAACAACACGUUUUCCUCAUCUGCAUUCAUUGUUAUGUAAGAAUUAUACAUGAGUUAGCGUGCCUUGCGUAGUAUCUAUCGGAAAGAAAAUACUAUUUUUGUA